UUUCGUCGAUUUUUUUUCUGUUCAGCGGCAGCGAGUUCCAAACACUUUCUAUAAGCGCCGAUCAUGUGACACGAGGGAAUUAUUCAAAUUAUUUAAAAUGCAAUAAUGUCAAAAUUCAAAUUAGUUAUUUAACUAGACUUUGAUCGGCGACAGUUAUAUAAAAGCGAGAGAAAAGCGGACACUAUGACUGUGAAAGGAACUAUUUUGACAAGUGUUGUCAUUUGUAUCAUAGUGUGUGAUGACAUUGUUAGAAUCUGUGGAGAUCGGACAAGAGAAAGAAGAUUUCUUGGAGAACAGCAGAUAAAACGAGCAGGUUAUUCGUCAUUCUACCAUCCGUGGUUAGCAAGGUCAGCACGCCGCUAUCAUUACAUGCAGAUGACGGAUGCAGGAUAUGGUUCAAGAAUGUUUGUUGCAUCUGGGCUAGUGAGAGCAUUGAUUGCUCAUCGGAAUAUCUUUGGAGUCUAUGGACCAGGAAAAAAGAGAAGUUAUAAUGACGCUAAGAAGAAACUAACAUUAACUGAAUAAUGUUUAAACUGUAUUUAAAGCUUAGUUAC